CCCCACCAACGCCGUGGUUUGCAAGGAAUUUACCGUGCGUGCUUUUUGUUGUGAGAGCGAGGAGCUAGAGCUCGAUUUUCCCGUUUUGUGUUGCUGUUGUCUGCGCUGCAUCAGGAACGUACUAUCCCCAGACUAACACACCUACCAUAAGAGGCUUGUUACUCAUACCUUUGUGCACUGUAAAAGAGCAAGAUGCCACGCAGAGGACCCACCUACAAGGAACUUAGGAGAAAGUUUAAUGCGAACAAUCUCUAUGAGGAUCCAGAAUUCCCAGCUGUAGAGAAGAGCCUCUUCUUUUCCCAGUCUCCAGGCAAACGGUUCGAGUGGAAGAGACCACAUGAGCUGUGCGAAAACCCACAGUUGUUUGUUGGAGGGGCCAGUCGCUUUGACAUCGCCCAGGGAGAGCUUGGUGACUGUUGGUUCCUUGCUGCCCUGGCAUCCCUCUCUCUGGAUGACUACCUGCUGAAGAGAGUGUGCCCAGAGGAUCAGGGCUUUGACCGCAACAACUACUGUGGAGCCUUCUACUUCCAGUUCUGGCAGUACGGCAAGUGGGUAGAGGUGAUCAUUGACGAUCGCCUUCCAACCUACAACGGCAGACUGGUGUUUGUCCACUCUGAGUCCAACAAUGAGUUCUGGAGUGCCCUGUUGGAGAAGGCCUACGCUAAGCUGCACGGAUCGUAUGAGGCCUUGAAGGGAGGUAACGUCGUGGAGGCUAUGGAGGACUUCACCGGUGGAUUCUCAGAGACCCACGACCUGAAGAAGGCCCCCAGGAACCUCUUCAAGAUCCUGUUCGGUGCCUACAACUCUGACUCCCAGAUGGGCUGCUCCAUCGACCAGGCGGGCAGGGGCACAGAGGCCAAGCUGGACAAUGGACUGAUUGUGGGCCACGCCUACACCAUCACAGAUGUCAAAAGGGUCUCACUGCCCAGCUAUCCUAAGCCUGUGAGGCUUAUUCGCAUCCGCAACCCCUGGGGACAGGUCGAGUGGAAUGGACGAUGGAGUGAUAAGUCCUAUGAGUGGAAGUCUGUAUCAGAUCGCCAACGCAAGGAACUCGGUCUGGAGACCAAAGAUGACGGAGAAUUCUGGAUGGAGUACACUGAUUUCCUGAGAGAGUACAGCCGUGUUGACAUUUGCCAUCUGUCACCGGACAAGGCCCCAGGUGGAAAGAAGAAGAAGAGCAAGUGGGUUGUCAGCGAGAUCGAAGGACGCUGGCAGAAAAACAUGAGCGCUGGUGGCUGCCGUAACUUCCCAGACACCUUCUGGAUCAACCCUCAGAUUGAGAUGAUGCUCGAGGAGGAGGACGAUGAGGAAGAUGAUGAUGAUGAGGACGAUGAUGGUUCCCCCGCUGCCAAGCAGAAGGGCGCCACCGUCAUGAUUGGACUCCUCCAAAAGAACAGACGCAAGCAAAUCAAGAUGGGCAUCGGCAAUCUGACCAUUGGAUUUGCCAUUUACGAGUACAAAGACGGCCAAAAGACAGAGAAGCUGCCCAAGGAUUUCUUCCUGCGCAACGCCUCCAAAGCUCGCUCAGACACCUUCAUCAACACCCGUGAGAUCAUGGGACGUUUCAAGAUGAAGCCCGGUCGCUACUGCAUUGUCCCCUCUACCUUUGAGCAGCACAAGGAAGGCGACUUCUUGAUUCGCAUCUACAGCUUGAAAAAGGCCUCUUCAGUAACUCUUGAAGACAAGACUGGCGUUGUGGAUCUUCCUCAACAGCCGAGAUCUCAGCAGGUUGCCAAGCCGGAGCCCACCAAGGAAGCCUCAGCUGCUGAGAUGGAGAUGAAGGCCAAGUUCUUUGACUUCUUCAAGAGAAUCACAGGAGAUGACAUGGAGGUAGAUGCAGUUGAGCUGAGAGAGAUUUUGAACGCUGCACUGAAGAAAGAAUGUGAAAGUGGUGAGAAAAACCUAACCGAGUUGACAGGAAGUGACGGUUUCUCUCUGGAGUCCUGUAAGAGCAUGGUUGCCUCAAGUGACAAUGAUCGUUCCGGUAAGCUUGGCUUCGAGGAAUUCCUGGAGUUGUGGAACGGCAUCCGAAAGUGGAAGAUGGUGUUCGCUCAAUUUGACAAGGACAGAUCUGGGUCUUUCUCUGCCUAUGAGUUGCAGCUUGCCUUGAAUGCCAUUGGCUACAGGGUAAGUACCAAGACUCUCGGAGCCAUGGUGCUGCGCUUUGCCAACACCAGUGGACAGAUCGAAUUUGAUGAUUUCAUCUGCUGCACCGUCAAGCUGAAGCAUAUGAUCGAGUCCUUCUUGGACAACGCACGUGGAUCAACCGCACAGUACAGUAUGGAUGAGUUCCUGGCUAUUGGAAUGUACUCUUAAGCUGUCUAUACGCUGUAUGACAUCAAUUGUAUGCUCCUAGCAGUGCCAUGAAGACAAUCCGGUGAACUCAACCUUGUACAAUUUCUUCAAGUAGAGAAAGUUUUCAACUUUUUUCUUGUAAUUUCAGAUUAUUAUUAAAGAUCCGUAUUAAAAUAUUGUCAUUCUUCAUGAGGUAUUAAUCCAAAACUUCCGUCUAUGCAUGAGUACAAGAGAGUCUCCAUGAUACAAUCUGCAUGUUAGUUUUGUUUAUUUUCUGAGAAGAAAUUCUUGUUUAGGUUAUGUUAAGUUUUAUAGCAGACUCUAAUUCAAAAUCUUGGCCUGUGGAGUAUCAGUGCAUUAAUUGAUGAAGUCAAUUUUGUGCUCAUUUCGCCUUCAACGAUGAAAAUUCGUCAUAAAAUGGAAUUCCUGGCUGUUUUCACCAUUUUAUCUAAAUGCAGAUUGUAUCUUGUCACUUUCGAAAAUCUAUUUUUCUGUCAGUCUGUGUUAACUAUACAUUUGAAUGUACUAUCGUUAAACAUUAUUAAUAAAAACAACAUACAUAGGUUUAGCCUUCCGGGAUUAUUGGGUAAUGGUGUUCAAAUUGAACAUCUUUAUGGUGGUAGGGACUUACUAAGUAAAGUUAACUGCCGAGCUUUGGACCCCGGAGGUGUCAGCGAUAUAUAUUUUUGAGAACUUAAUGAACGCAGUUUUACUUUAUCUGGAGGGUACUUGCAUUCAAUAACUUGCUAUGCUUGGCUUGUCUAAUUUUCAUGACUAAAGAGCUGUCAACUGAAAGGCCUAUCAAUAUAUGUGGAGAAAUGUUGAGAUACUUUGUGGUUUCCCCCUUUUCAAUGUUGAAGAUGCACAUUAAAGAUGUAUUCAAAAAUUUAUCAUAUUAAAGGUUUUUGUAUUUUAGAGAGAAUCAUGUAUUGGAAUAGCCCUUUAUCAUGCUCACGCCAUCUUGGUCAUGUUCCCUAUGCACAGUUAUGAUUGUAAGUGUGGAAAAUUAACAUGCGAAAAGGGACCAGACUGUUACACUUCCAAUCGCAGAUCCAGUCCGAAGUAAAUGACUUUAGCUACGACUGUUGGUGGGAGUGAUUCUGUUGAAAAAUAGAACUUUCAGCAAUUUAGCCUUGGCCAACAGCCAUUACCAGACAUGGCUUCAGUUAAGCUGUGUGUAGUGAGGAGACAAAAAAACUCAAGAUGGCUUCAUCAAGAUAACUUUACAAGAACUUGAAUGUAUCUUUACUUUUUUAUGAUAACAAGAUAUUAUACAUAAAUUGUGGUGUACUUUUGAGUGCGUAGAAAAAACAGUCUGCUCGUAGUAUUAAUCUUCACAUAAAAAUUUAGGGUUUGAAAAAUCACUUAGUUGACCAGCAUGUAGCUGUAUGUUAUAACUUUUUUAUAUAUAUAAAUGAAUACUAUUUUGAUUAUUUUUGAUUUGAGGUGGUAGAUUUUGUGUUUGUGUCAUGCUAACUUUUCCUUUUUCGACAGCUUGAUGUGUAUGAAAGCAGUACUAUCCCACAGACCUUCUUACUACCUGAGCAUUGUUGUGAAUUUACUUGGUGCUGCUGAUCAAAUCUUCCAUCUUCCAAUUUUUUUUGUCACCCCACCUUUUUGCAUCAUUGCAAUACUUUGAAAUAACUUAUAUUUUAAUGGUUAGCAUUUUACAAAUAGCUGUGUUAUGUGGAUUAGAUCCAUCUGAAUGCUGAACAAAACUAACAGUAAAUACAGAGAAACAUCUUUGGGUUUCCUAAGAAUUUUUUGAAACGGAAUUGGACGGGAAGUUGUAUGACUCAUGUUAAGAAAAAGAAAUGGAGGGAAAAAUAUUGCAGUUUUCAAGUACUUUAUGAAUUUGAUUGGUUGUGAACAGGAACAAGAAAGGUUAAG